AUGUUAAUAAGGACUAAAAGUGCGCGGGGAAAGUUCCGUACCGGGAUCGCUAUGAGAGUGUCGUUGUUCUUCGGCAUUCCCCUUUCGUAUUUUCUAUUCGCUAGUGCUUUUGUACAGAACACCGAUGUGCAAACUGCUGCCCCACCAUCAGCGGCCGCGUUUGAAGGCUUUACGUCCCGUCGACUCCUGGCGCUGGUGACACCAGCUCCAAGGAACUGCACGAAGCCGGCAAUACUAGAGUUCCCAUCCGACGGACUCACGCGCGCGCAGAGGAAAAGCGGUUUCGUCUUGGUGCACUGCCUGUUAGCGGUAUACUGCUUUCUUCUCCUGGGAAGCGUCUGCGAACAGUACUUCGUGCCAGCCAUAGAGAUUAUUUGCGAACGGCUGGCUAUGGCGUCGGACAUAGCGGGCGCGACGUUCAUGGCGGCGGCAAGCUCCAGUCCAGAGCUGUUCAUCAACUGCGUGGGCACUUUUGUGACGGAGGGGGACCUUGGUGUCGGCGCAGUGGUUGGCUCAGCGGUGUUCAACGUCCUGGCGGUGCCCGCCUGCUGCGCCCUGGUUGCGGGAAAGGCCGUAGAGCUGGACUGGUGGUCUGUCUCCCGCGAUUGCCUGAUGUACGCCGUCGCGGUGGUGGCACUGAUCCUCACCCUCAUGGACAACGUGGUGCAAUGGCACGAGGCCCUACUCCUCGUACUUAUGUACACACUCUACAUACUGGCGAUGGUGUUCAACGGGCGGCUAGGCAGCUUCUUCAGGAGUGGAUGUUGCGGCCCCAGCAAGAGCAAUAUGUACACCGAGAUCACUCCAUUACUAGUCAAAGAAAAGCGCAGACCAUUGGAAGCUCCCGCCUCGAAAGUGAGCCAAGCCGACCAUCGGAUCAACGACCUAGAACAGGGAUCUCAGAUAGAGUCUUCAAGCGAUUCCGGGAUAAGUCGGAGCAUGGGGCUUCUAUGGUGGGGGGUGAGGGCGCCCCUAUGGGCGACUAUUCCCGACUGUCGCACUCGAACAACCCUUUGGCCCUUAACAUUUGGCAUGUGCGUCGUCUGGAUAGGCGCGGUCUCCUACCUCGUCGCCUGGAUCAUAACAAUACUAGGUGACACCCUGGACGUACCCGACAGCAUAACAGGUCUCACCAUACUUGCGGCAGGUACCAGUCUUCCUGAGGCUGUCUCUAGCGUGCUGGUCACCAACAGAGGCCAAGGCACAAUGGGCAUCAGCAACUCCAUCGGCUCCAACACCUUCGACAUCCUGCUGUGCCUCGGUCUGCCGUGGUUGGUCAAGGGCCUGCUCUGCCCCUCGGUGCCAGGGAACCACUGGAUAAGCAUUAACUCGAGUGGACUGUCGUACAGCGCCAUCUGCCUGCUGUCUACCCUGUUCGUGUUGUACGGCGCUUUAUUCCUGAAUGGAUUCCGUUUGGACUGGAGGGUGGGGGUGACAUGCGCACUUGUGUACGCUGCCUUCUUGGCAAUGGCCACCCUUAUCGAGCUCAACUUUAUCUUCCCCGUUAACCUACCUAUUUGCCCGCAC